UUUGAGAAAGAGAGAGAUUCGCUACUUUCAUUCGGCUCACUGAGGUUUCAUCUCGCAGCACGAGAGUCGGUCUGUCUAUCUAUCUGUCAUCUGUUACCUGAUGAAGAUGAUGAUGAUGAUGCUCACCUGUCUGCUCGGAUUGCUGGUGUGCGGCACUCAAGCUGUGCUUCAGGUGUCAAUAUCCCUCAAUAAAGUGGAACUGAGUGUUGGAGAGUCCAAAUUCUUCACCUGCACAGCCAUUGGUGAGCCAGUGAGCAUAAACUGGUUUAACCCUCAAGGUGAGCGAGUCAUCUCAAACCAGCGAGUGGUUGUGCAUACAGAAGGUGUGCGAUCUCGACUAACCGUCUAUAACGCUAUCAUCGAGGAUGCUGGGAUCUAUCGCUGUCAGGCUGCGGAUGCCACAGGACAAACUCAAGAGGCUACAGUCGUGUUAGAGAUCUACCAGAAGUUGACGUUUCGUGAAGUGAAGACACCGCAGGAGUUUCGUCAGAAUGAGGAUGCCGAGGUCAUCUGUGAUGUCAUCAGCUCACCUGUACCUGCUGUCUCCUGGUUCUACAAGAACAGAGAAAUCACAUCUGAUUCCAACAACAAACUCCAAGUGCUGCCCAACAACAACCUCCAGAUCCUGAAAGUGACCAAAGCAGAUGAGGGUGUGUACCGCUGUGAGGCGCGAGUGGAGGCGCGGGGAGAGAUUGAUUUCCGGGACAUUGUUGUGUUGGUCAAUGUUCCUCCGGUUCUGAUCGUACCACAACAAACCUUCAAUGCCACAGCGGAUUAUCAGGAGUCAGUCACCUUCACCUGUAUCACAUCAGGCUCACCUGACCCUCAGGUUACCUGGUACUGGAAAGGUCAUGUGAUUGAACGCUCAGAGCAGUAUGUGUUAAACUCUCUGGAUGGAGGAAGAAGCACACUGAUGGUUAAAAACAUCCGGCAGGGGGACGGUGGACCCUACACAUGCAGAGCCAGCAACAAAGCCGGGAGCAUCGAGGGUCAACUCUUCCUUAAAGUCUUUGUUCAGCCUCACAUCACACAGUUACGUAACGUGACAGCGGUGGAGGGCAGCGCUGCUAUGAUCUCCUGUACGGCUGAAGGUGAACCAGUGCCUGAGAUCUCAUGGAGAAGAGCCAGUGAUGGACAAACAUUCAGAGAUGGAGAUAAGAGUCAGGACGGUCGUGUGGAGGUGCGCGGACGUCACGGGAAAUCCAUGUUGACCAUCAGCAACGUACGGCUCUCAGAUUGGGGUCGAUUCGACUGCGAGGCCCUCAGCAGGAUCGGAGGCCAUCAGAAAAGCAUGUUCCUGGAUAUCGAGUAUGCACCGAAGUUUCAGACCAGUCAGACGAUCUUCUACUCAUGGGAGGGAAACCCAGUGAACAUCAGCUGUGAUGUGAGAUCUAAUCCUCCAGCGACGAUGCUUUGGAGAAGAGAUCGAUUUACCAUCUCCAGUCAGGGCACCAGCAACAUACAGAUCCACACUGCAGAGGGACGAUCACUUCUAGAGGUCACUCCAGUGUCCGACAGGGAUUUUGGACGCUACAACUGCACAGCCAGAAACAACAUCGGCGCUCGAUAUCAGGAGUUUAUAUUAGCACAGGCAGAUGUUCCUUCAAACCCGACCUCUGUCAGGUUGACCGCUGUAUCUCAGCGUCUCGCUACUGUCACCUUCAUAAAGCCUGACUCACAUGGAGGCGUGCCCAUCAGUUAUUACAUCAUCAACUACAGAGACACGACCUCACCUGAUUGGAGGACAGUGAGAUCACAUGGUGUUCAGACUAUGGUGGUUCUGGCGAACCUGGAGCCCAACACCACAUAUGAGGUGAGAGUGGCGGCGGUGAACGGAAAAGGUCAAGGAGAGUUCAGUCGAUCGGACGUCUUCCAGACGUUACCCAUCCGUGAGCCGAGUCCUCCUACAGUACACGGACAGAGAGGUGUCGGGAAAGCGUACAGACUCGGUCUAAUGAAACAGGAUGAUGGUGGAAUGCCCAUCGUCGAGUACAUCGUCAAAUAUAAAACGGAUAAGGAGGAACAGUGGAUGACUAAGUUGGUUCCCGGUCUGAACGACUAUGCCGUUUUACAGCCGCUUCAGUGGAACACGCGCUACAACGUGGAGAUCACAGCACGCAAUCUGAAAGGCCUGUCAGAACCCACUUUCUUUCAGUUCCUCAUGCCUCAGAAACCUGACAUCACAGCAGAUUCACUGUUCAAUGGUCUCGGUCUGGGCGCUGUGGUGGGUUUGGGUGUAGCCGGUCUUCUUCUGCUGCUGGUGUUGGUGGACGUCAGUUGUUUUUUCCUGCGUCAGUGUGGACUUCUCAUGUGCAUCAGUCGCAAGUUCUGCAGCAAGAAAACAACCACCAGCGGCAAGAGCAAAGAGAUGGAGGAGGGAAAAGCAGCUUAUCUGAAACUCCCACUAAAGGAAGAAAAUGGUAAAGACGUCCUGAAGCCGGAUUUAAUCGAGAUCAAAGUGCGCGGUGACAACAGCCUUCACACAAAACACGACGACAGUAAAGCAUAAUGGAGGCCGUGCUGAACAUUCCCAGCCCAUUCAAACUAAGAACAAAACCAGAAAAGAAAAAAUAUGAAAAGAGAAUCCUUCAGAUUGGAUGAAUAAUGAAGAUAUGGGCGUGUAAAUAUGUUGAAAUAUUAAGAGGGACAGAGUUGAGUUUUUUGUGAUAAAUCUAUGAUGGUCUUUGUAUUCAAGGCUCCAGCACUUUGGGUUGCCGUUUUUGUCUUUGGCCUUUUUUUCGUGUUUUGAUGGCAUCAUGAAGAUCUCCUGCAGCGGCGUCCUGACACAACCCAACGGAUUUAAAGAUUUUUCUUCUCUUUUCCAGGCAUGUCGAGUAAAAAUCGAGUCCACUGAGAUGUCUGACUAUGUCGUCUUAUAAAGUCUUGAUUCUUUCAGAUUCUGGCCAUCUUCAGCUACGUGUCGGGUCUUUCAGUGUUUUUCUAGAAGUGUGGAGAAUUUCACCCGAUGAAAUUAUGGUUUGAAUUCACAGCCUGCCUUUAUUCGGUUUUUCAGCCCUCUGAGACCGAACAUCUCUAUUGGGUUUUCUUAUAUACUCUUGAUAAUUUCAUCUGCUGGCCGUCACAUCCUUCAGACUUCUUCAUCAAGUGUUUGUAGCAGCUGUGAUCUUUGAAGAAACACAGAGGAGUCAAAGCAAAAUCCUGGCAAAACUUUCAGUUGUAAAUUGAGUUGAUAGUUUCAACUUUGACUGCCAUGACGUCAGGUGAAAUCUAGUUAACUGUAUGCAUGAGUGUGUAUGUGAGUAUGGCCAGAAAUAUACUGUACUCCACACAAAUCAAGACAUGAACACUUAGUAAGCUACAUUUACAUGACAAGGAUGUGGUCAAUACUGAGUUUUCUCUUUGCAUUUUUUUCUGUACGACAACAAAGUCAGAAAGAUACAUGUUUACACAAAUAUGCAAAAACCAAUAGUAUUAAAUGUGGCAGGCCAGUAGAUGGCGAUGUUACUUUGUAAAGAAACACUACACGCCUCCGCACAUACCCAUUCUUCUACAGAGCGAUAAAUACAAACAAUCAAGGCGACAAAAGCAUCGAUCAGUCUUGUGUAGACGGACGAUGAGGUAGAUUUAUUACUACAAGUGACCCUGGACUAUAAAUCACUUAAAAUGAUGUAAACUUUGUUGAAGAUGGAUUAAUAAACUCAGUAUCUUGAGCAUCACUAAACAAGUAAAAAAAUCUGCCAAUGGGGUGAGAAAAAGAAAUCUUAAAUUAGUUUACUUUUUUUCUUAGUCACUUAAUUCAAGAAACGUUUUCUCACCCCAUUGGCAGAUAUUUUUUGCUUGUUAUAAGAACAAAUUUACUUAAAUUGUAUGGUUUUUUUUGUCUAAAAACUAGACUCAUUUUCUUAGGUCAUUUUGCACAUCUUGAUUUAAGAAUAUUUUGAUAUUUUUUUCUACUGAAAACAAGACAAAAAUACAAAGAAAGUCAUUAUUUGCAGUGUGUAUUUGAGUGAUGAUGUGCAAUAUGUUUCUGGUCACUGUUUGCCAGCUGAACCGUGCACUUGAGUUAUUAUAUUUAUUAUAUUUUACUAUAGUUUAUAUCUGUUUGUACAUACAUGAGUUUGUUGUAGUCUUAAUGUAUAACAAGUGUUCAUGAAAAUCAAAUAAAGAUCAGGUCGACUCUUUUCUGUAAGAUUCAUAAAGGCAUCACUGAGCAAAUCUGAACAUUUAUUGUUAAAACCUUAUCUGUAUUAAGAUAUUGAAUGCAAAAAAAUCAUGCGUUUUUACUUGCCUAUUAUUAAUAAUUAUAAUAUUUUGUGGGAUUUAUUUCGAUAAGAUUAAACUUGUAGUAUGACAACCCUGGCAAGAGAUGACAGUAUGUGCGCUGGUUUAACACUGGAAGUUAAGUUAGUAAUGUGUUGUUAUUUUGCACUUUUAACAGAUGUGAGAAACAUCUCUUAUGUAUUCUGUAUUUGAUCCGUGUCUCUAUGCCGAAAAAUCAAGAGGAAACGUGUAUCAAGUUAAACUAAACUGGAAUUUUCUCACAUUAGGCGGCCAAAACAAAUCAAUGAAGUAAAUGUUGUUUGUGUGACAGAGAGACUGAAUCAUCUGACAUGAUAAUAAUCACCUGUAGUUUUGGUCACUGCAAAGAAAAACUCAAUUCAGUUAUCAUAAAUUCAGACAUAUAUUAUAUUUAUAAUAAAGAAUGAUGUAAAACACAGUUUGUUGCAGGUAGAGGAUAUUUAUACAUUUCAGUUCCUUCAGCUGAAUUAAUAAGAUUUUAUUUUCUGAACAUUUGAAAACAAUCAUUCUGAUAUAUUAUAUAUUCAUUGUAUCAUAAACACUCACACACAUAAUUCUAAUGAAUUUCUGUUCUAUGCAUAAUUUAAGUAAGAUCUCUCAUGUGACUCUGUUUGAUGUUAUAACUCUGAUCUUCUGUGUAUAUCAGGCUUUUGGUUAACAGGGAACAACAGAAAUCACUGUUAACGCUGUAUUUUACACUUGUAAAUAAAUGUGUCCUGUUAUGAGAAAUUCUCACUUUUUUUGUCA